AUGAAGCCGAUCGCGUUGGGCUUACAGAUUCCGUCGCUGCGAGACGCGUGUGAACCGAACGCGCGGCACAGCGGUGAGACGUCCGCGUCCGCGUGGACGCUGACGGUUCCUUACCCGAUUGGCAAGUCCACCUUGCAGAUCAGUGGCAUUCACGCGCGACUUGGGCCUGUGAAAACGUCCGCUUGUAAGAGCAACGGCACCGUCAAACAUGUGCAGCAACAGCACACAAAGAGCGUGCCGUCAUCUCUGCUUCCUGGCGAUGCACUGACGGCUGAUAUCAUUGUGCACGCGCACAUUCGUGGGGAGCUGAGCAGCGCGCCGCGGCCGUACGUCGUCGCUGUGAUUCCGCUGCGGUUUGAUGGUACUGCUGCACCUGUUCCCUCAGGUCCUGUGAUCUCGUCCUCGGCCAAAUCCAUGCAUGCCGGCGCUUCGACGCUGCCGUCCACGCCGCAUGACAGUCGUGUUGUCAACGCGCAGGCUCGCGGGGCAGGCCGAAGCCCGUCUCCAGGCGUCUUCGCCUCCGCCUUCGCCAGGAUCGACUUGCGCACGCAGAUGGAGCGGGUGCGGCUGAGCUUCACCGUCGUUCCCUGCAGCAGGACCGGUGACGCGGGCGCGGCUACCAACCGCACGGUUGCCAACAGUGCGGCUCACGCAAACGUGGGCAAGCGGCUGCGCGAGGAGGCUGGCAAGGCCGCGGACUUUGAGUCGUCAGCGGCCUUGCCAGACUGCACGAUUGAUGUGACGGUGGUGGGCACUGUGUCACCCAUUGCGUAA